GGAAGAUUCUAAAUAAAUUAAAGAAAAAAAAAAGACUGCAAAGGAGGGUUUUUCUCAGGGUUCAACAGCUGAACGUAACCCCAAGAAGAAAGUCCGAGAUAGAUACUCCAUUUCUCAAGUGAACGCCAUCCAUUGAAUUUACCCGAUGGCAUUCUCAUCAAUCAUUCGACGAGGUCUGUUCGGAUCAUCAUCAUCAUUGCCAGCUUCUCCGGCUCUCUUUUUGACCCGUUUCCACUCAACCCUCACUUGUCCUAGGCUUUUUGUCAGCGGCCUCUCGAGACUAACAACAGAUGAGAAGCUUAAAGAGGCAUUUUCUCCCUUUGGCCAGCUUGUUGAUGCAAAAGUCAUAAUUGACAGGGCCUCUGGAAGAUCGAAGGGCUUCGGUUUUAUCACAUAUGCAACAAUAGAAGAAGCUGAGAAAGCCAGAGAAGGAAUGAAUGCCAAAUUUUUGGAUGGAUGGGUGAUCUUUGUCGACCCUGCCAAGCCAAGGGAACAGAGACUGCCACCGCCACCUCCACCACAACCUGAGACUUCUGAAACCGGUUAUAAAAUUAAUAGGACUAUUGGAUGGUGUGGAUGAUUGUGCUGCAAGUUAUUCUCAAUUUUGUUAUUUAGGGAAAAAGUUGCUCAAAUUCUAUAUACAAGAUUAAGCGAGUACAUGCUAGGUUGGGGAAGUUAUUAGGUGAUUUGCCGCAAGCAAGCAUUAAUAUAACGACCCUUUUGGUGGAUUUAUUUUGGGUCCAAAUACUAGGAUCCUGUAUUUCUAUUUAGCUGAACUUUUAAUGUGCUGGAACUUGCUUUUUGCUGCCUGUUAACUGUUAAGCAUCAAGCAAUGAGCACUAGCCCAGUGCUAGUUCUCAAUUUCACUACUCUAUUUCUACUAGAGGCAGAUGCUAAUACAAAAGAAAUUGGAGCAAUUCUGAUGCAA